AUGCCUCGCGGAGUUUACGAGAGAAAGAAGGGCAACAAGCCUGUCGGCCCGGCCCCCGAUCCAAAGACUGCACGCAAGAGAUCAUCCGCUGCCGAUAUCGCUACCGCUACCCCAGGCGAAGACCAAAUCACCAGCCAUGGCAGCUCCCCGACUACGCACUCCCCGCCCGUCUUGCGCAGACAGAUUCCCGCCCAACGCACCGACGAAGACCUGACUCCCUCCGAGCGUCAUGAGCGCAACAAGGAGCUCUAUCCCGAACUCUACGAAGCUGCGGAGAAAGCUAUCAAGGCGAAGCUCAAGACUGACAAGAACCAGAGGCUCACUGCACGCGCAUACAUCCGCAUCCGCCGUCGCAACCGCGCACCAGUCCACCACGACCCCUACGAGACGCUCAGCGAGGACGAGAGCGACGCCGAGACCUCCUGGCAUCGCAAGAAAAUGCACAUCCAGAAGAAGCGCAAAGUCCACCAUCAUGUCGCCGUCGCGAGCACCCCCGCGCCUGUUCCUGUCGUCCAAACCGAAGUCGCUCCAGCCCUGGAUCCCGUCUCCUCUCCUCUCUCCUCGCCGCCUGCGUCUGAUUCCAACCUCAAGCCCGUCGCGUCUGGCUCCGCGCCCCAGAUUGCGCCCUCAGUCCCUGUUCGCCGGGGCAUGCGCUGGACUGUUGAGGAGCGUCAACUCAUUAUCGACAUCUUCAAUGAGCAUGCUGAUGAGCCUCGAUUCACGAUCACGGAGAUGACGAGAGUGUGGGUGGCCAGAAUGGGAGGCCAUCGCACUAUCGAGGCCGUCAACCUCGAGUAUCAGAAGUACAAGGCCUACUAUUCCAAGAGGGAGUUGCCCUCGCCCGAGGUCUUCGGGAGGCUGAAGAGGGUGCCAAAGGGGGUAGCAAAGAAGGCUGAUGUCGAGGUGGCGGAGGAGGCGGAGGAGGCGGAUUUGGAGGGAGCGGCGGAUCAGGUGGAGGAGUAG